CCCCUCCAAGAAAGACCAACCCAGCACAACAAUAAUGGCCUCCCGCGCAAUCCCUACACACUUGAAGCCCUCAGCCGCUGAGUCUGGCGAUGACGGCGGCUUCGCCCCGCGACGACAUGGAAAGACGCAGUCGCACGUCGUAAGUUGGCCUGGCCUCCUUUGCUUCUGAAGCUCCCAUGCCCUUCUCCCCCUCACCCCCUUUUUGCCUCCCCACUCAUUGCCUUGUGCCUGCUCCCUCAUCAUCCUCUGUGCCAUUCCUCACAAUGGAUGGCCCACAGCUUGGUUGGCACCACCUGCCGUGGGCAGUUUGCCCGCCAGUCGUCCCUGCCGACUUCUACACAGUAGGAGAGAAGGAGCCCACCACACGGAGCCGCCAACUCUCACCUGUCCAUCCCAGCCGCCUCUUCUCCGCCUUUCCUCAGUUUAGCUCAUGUUGGAUUCUAACAUGGACAUUGACCCGUCGCAGGCUUUCGAAAACACUUCGACCAAUGUGGCCGCCUCUCAGAUGCGCAAUGCCCUGAACAAGCUCUGCGAUACCGUCACCGACCCGAAUGAGAAGAAGCGUUUCGAAACCGAAAUGGACAACUUCUUCGCUCUCUUCCGACGAUAUCUGAAUGACAAAGCCAAGGGCAAUGUCAUUGAAUGGUCUAGGAUUGCGCCUCCCAAGGCCGAGCAGGUGGUCAACUACGACGAUCUCGCCAACUCCGAGGCCGUCGAAUACCUGAACAAGCUGGCCGUGGUGAAGCUCAACGGUGGUCUCGGUACAUCAAUGGGUUGUGUCGGCCCCAAAUCCGUCAUCGAGGUCCGCGAUGGCAUGUCCUUCCUCGACCUGUCGGUUCGCCAGAUUGAGUACCUCAACCGGACCUACGAUGUCAACGUGCCCUUUGUGCUCAUGAACUCGUUCAACACCGAUGCCGAUACCGCCAACAUCAUCAAGAAGUACGAGGGCCACAACAUCGACAUCCUCACCUUCAAUCAGUCAAAGUAUCCUCGUGUCCUCAAGGACUCGCUUCUACCGGCCCCCAAGUCGGCGGAUUCGGACAUCUCCAACUGGUAUCCUCCUGGCCACGGUGACGUGUUCGAGUCGUUGUACAACUCUGGCAUUCUCGAUAAGCUCAUCGACCGCGGUAUCGAGAUCAUCUUCCUUUCCAACGCCGACAACCUGGGUGCCGUGGUCGACCUCCGUAUCCUGCAGCACAUGGUCGACUCCAAGGCCGAGUACAUCAUGGAGCUUACGGACAAGACGAAAGCCGACGUCAAGGGUGGUACCAUUAUCGAUUACGAGGGUUCUGUUCGCCUUCUGGAAAUCGCCCAGGUGCCCAAGGAGCACGUCAACGAGUUCAAGUCCAUCAAGAAGUUCAAGUACUUCAACACCAACAACAUCUGGAUGAACCUCAAGGCCGUGAAGCGCGUUGUGGAGAACAACGAGCUCCAGAUGGAGAUCAUCCCCAACGAAAAGUCCAUCCCCGCUGACAAGAAGGGCGAGGCGGACCUCUCCGUUCUCCAGCUCGAGACGGCGGUCGGUGCCGCCAUUCGUCACUUCCGCAAUGCGCAUGGUGUCAACGUGCCCAGGAGACGGUUCUUGCCCGUGAAGACCUGCUCCGACCUCAUGCUCGUCAAGUCGGAUCUCUACACUCUCCAACACGGCCAGCUCGUCAUGGACCCCAACCGUUUCGGCCCGGCACCCUUGAUCAAGCUCGGCAGCGACUUCAAGAAGGUCUCCAACUUCCAGGCCCGCAUCCCGUCCAUUCCCAAGAUUGUCGAACUCGAUCACCUUACCAUCACCGGCAAGGUCACGCUCGGCCGCGGCGUCAUCCUCAAGGGCACUGUCAUCAUCGUCGCGACCGAGGGCAGCACCAUUGACAUUCCGCCGGGCUCCAUUCUGGAGAACGUUGUUGUCCAAGGCUCGCUGAGGCUGCUUGAGCACUAGAAUCCCCUUCGUGAGCCUGCGCGGUGGGUGUUCAGCGGUACUGGGAAGUUGCGGCUUUGGGGUGUUCUCCGGUGGUUGCGAGAUGGCAUGCACUAUCGUGUAGUUAGGUUACAGUAAACAAAAUUCGCUUCCUUGUGGAAACUGAGCGGUACUGAGCGGUACGGAGCGGUACGCGGGGUGGGGCUUUGAGUUGCCCAUGUUCGACUACAUCACAUUGUAAUACAUGACGAACCACAAAACAUAAAAGUACUUGUACAUUGUUAGGACCCGCAUAAGUCCUGACACAGCAUGCUUCCUGAAUU